AUGACGGGCUCGCAGGCGGUCGGAAGGCACUGCAGCCUCCACACGUCUUCUCACAGCAAUGGCCGACAGGAGGUCAGUAGCUCACGCUCGUCCCGCUCGGGCGUGCGUUCACGCGGCGGCGAGGAGCCCCAGCAACCGCACGUGGGGAACUACCGCUUGCUCAAGACCAUUGGCAAGGGCAAUUUUGCCAAGGUCAAACUAGCCCGGCACAUCCUCACCGGCAGAGAGGUAGCCAUUAAAAUCAUAGACAAGACACAACUGAACCCCAACAGUCUUCAGAAGCUCUUCAGAGAAGUUCGAAUAAUGAAGAUUUUGAAUCACCCCAACAUUGUUAAGCUGUUUGAAGUCAUCGAGACAGAGAGGACACUAUACCUGGUAAUGGAGUACGCCAGCGGAGGCGAGGUCUUCGACUAUCUGGUAGCACAUGGAAGAAUGAAGGAAAAAGAGGCCAGGGCUAAAUUUAGACAGAUUGUAUCGGCGGUGCAGUACUGCCACCAGAAGCACAUCGUCCACAGAGACCUGAAGGCGGAAAACCUGCUGCUAGACGCCGACAUGAACAUCAAGAUCGCUGACUUCGGCUUCAGCAACGAGUUCACGCUUGGCAACAAGCUGGACACCUUCUGCGGUUCACCGCCCUACGCCGCACCUGAGCUCUUUCAGGGCAAGAAGUACGACGGGCCUGAGGUGGAUGUCUGGAGUCUGGGCGUCAUCCUGUACACGUUGGUCAGUGGUUCGCUGCCUUUUGACGGACAGAACCUCAAGGAACUCCGUGAGCGAGUGCUGCGAGGCAAGUACCGAAUCCCCUUCUACAUGUCCACCGACUGCGAGAACCUCCUCAAGCGCUUCCUUGUGCUCAAUCCGGCCAAGCGCGGUACUCUCGAGGUGAGGGAGGACGUCCAAAACCAAAUCAUGAAGGAUCGAUGGAUCAACGCGGGAUUUGAGGACGAUGAACUGAAGCCGUACGUUGAGCCUGAGUUGGACAUCACUGAUCAGAAGAGAAUAGACGUGAUGGUAGGCAUGGGCUACAACCUGGACGAGAUCCAGGAGUCUCUGGCCAAGAUGAAGUAUGACGAGAUCACCGCCACGUACCUGCUGCUAGGCCGCAAGGCCUCGGAGCUGGAGCACGGCGAGUCGGCAUCCAGUAGCAACCUAUCACUGGCCAAGCCCAGACCCAACAGCGAGCUCAAUGGCCAGUCACCCUCGCACCUCAAAGUCCAGCGCAGCGUCUCGUCCAACCACAAGCAAAGACGCUACAGCGAGCAAGUUGGGCAGAACGCGAGCGCUGGCACGGCCCACCCCAAGCGCAGCCAGACGGCCGCCGUCGACAACGGCAAGGAUGACGGUGGUGUCCAGCUGCGCAAAUCUGGGGCUCCAGGAAGCCGCGGCGCCCCGCCCGCCAGCCCCUUGCUCGGCAACGCCAACAACCCCAACAAGGCUGACAUACCUGACCGCAGAAAAGGCGCUACCGUAGGACAAACUAACAACACGGCAUCAGCGGGGAUGACACGCAGGAACACGUACGUGUGCAGCGACCGAAACAACACCGACCGCCUGUCCGUCAUUCCCAACGGGAAAGAAAACAGCAUGAGCUCAGUGGCCCGUGCAGUCAGCCCCUCGCCGUCCCUCCGGUGCCAGGCGGCCGGCCCCUUGUAUGCUUGCCAGGCGGGCUGGGCCACGCUGCCACACUCCUACUACGCAUUGGACUACUGCCCGUCCAACGUGUCGGUGUCUCCAGGCGGUCAGCGUAACCCGGUGGCAUCCACUCACAGUGUAGCAGCGGCAGCCACACCAGAGCGCCUGCGUUUCCCACGCGGCACAGCCAGCCGCAGCACCUUCCACGGCGGGCAGCUGCGCGAUCGCCGCACGGCCACCUACAACGGGCCGCCCGCCUCACCCACUCUCUCGCACGACGCUUCGCCGCUCUCGCAGACGCGUUCCCGCGCCACCAGCAACCUCUUCUCCAAGCUCACCUCUAAGCUCACGCGCAGAAACAUGUCAUUCAGGUUUACCAAAAGAGUCUCCACAGAGUUUGAGAGAAACGGGAGACUCGAGGGUUCAAGCCGCCAUGUCCCAGGCGGGGAACCCAAAGGCGAAGGCAAGGACGGCAAGCCGCGCUCUCUGCGCUUCACCUGGAGCAUGCGCACCACUAGCUCCAUGGAGCCGUCUGACAUCAUGCGGGAGAUCCGCAAAGUGCUAGACGCCAACAACUGCGACUACGAGCAGCAAGAGAGCUUCCUGCUGCUGUGCGUGCACGGCGACGGGCGGGCCGAGAACCUGGUCCAGUGGGAGAUGGAGGUCUGCAAGCUGCCUCGUCUCUCGCUCAACGGCGUGCGCUUCAAGAGGAUAUCGGGCUCUUCCAUGGCCUUCAAGAACAUUGCCUCCAAGGUCUCCAACGAGCUCAAGCUAUGA